GUUUUGUAUUCAGUUUAGUUUUUACAGUCGUCGUUGUCGUUGGCCCACCAACUUUUGUUCGUACACGGCGCCGCGCAUUAACCUAUCUCACGUCGUGUAAAACAGAAAUCAAAGUCAAAACAAUCGACGAAUAAACGACCGUUAUCAAGAACUUUUUUUUGAAUAUAUUUAAUUUUUAUUUAAUUUUUGUUUUUUGCAUUAAUUUUGCUGCAACAAAUUAGCGGAAAAACUAAAAAUGAAGACUGAUACUUUGGAUAAAAUCUGUGUCUUCCUGGCCGAACUCUUGGGCACUGCCAUGCUGGUCUUUUUAGGCUGUAUGGGUUGUGUCAGCACCGACGUUUUCCACAACAACCAUUUGCAAAUGUGUUUGAAUUUCGGUCUGGUUGUCAUGGUCGUAAUUCAAUGUUUCGGUUGUGUAUCCGGUUCACAUUUGAAUCCAACCGUUACCAUUGCUGCCUAUGUUUAUGAAAUGAUUUCGGCACCCAUGGCCAUUGUCUAUUUCUGUGGUCAAAUGUUGGGCGGUUUCAUUGGUUAUGGUCUGUUGAAGGUUGUGUUGCCCGACAGUGUCAUCAAUACCCCCUCGACUGGUUUGUGUGUAACUUUGCCUCAUCCCGAGAUCACUGCCGGCCAGGGUUGCAUUAUUGAAUUCAUUAUUACCGCCAUUUUGAUUUUGGUUUGCUGUGGUGUCUGGGAUCCUCGCAAUGCCAAAUUCCAUGAUUCCGUACCAAUUCGUUUCGGUUUGGCCAUUGCCUGUUUGGCCAUCACUGCUGGUCCCUUCACCGGUGCCAGCAUGAACCCCGCCCGUUCCUUUGGCCCCGCCUUGUGGCACAACAACUUCACCAUGCACUGGGUAUACUGGGUUGGUCCCAUGUCGGCUGCCGUCAUUGCUGCCUUCGGCUACAAGAUUGUGUUCAGACGUGAAGUCAAAGAAGAAGCCGUCCACCACAAGUUGCGCAACUUGGAGGAUGUACCCUUGUCAUAAAUCCAUUGCUCCCUCCAUUGCUCAUCAGGACUUCUUAGGGCAAUUCUACGAAGAAUUUCCCCAAAAAGAAUGCCAUUUUGCCAUAUGAUACAAGAUUGUCGUCUAAGUUAUAUCAUUUAAGCGGAUGUUAACACCAAAUAUAGAAUUUAUUUUCUCCCCCUUCUUUUUUCGUAAAAUUUGUCUUCUAUUACCGAGUAAUAAAAGUUCAAGCUAUUCUGUUUAGUUUAGAUCAAAUGGACACACAAACAUACACA